AUGCCAAACUAUGAACGACAAAAGUAUGGGGGAGGUUUUGAUCAAAGAAGAAUGUGCUACCGAAGAGAAACUUCUCCAAUGUCACUUCGAAGCUUUCCUGACUCAGGAAUGCAGAAUUUUAACAGUUCAUAUUACCCUAGAGCCAUGAGUUCACAGAGAUCAGUAUUUAAUGGUAGAAGUGGAUCCCCGAUGUCCAUAAGGAGUAUUGAUUCAAAUGCUAGUGUUAGUGCAGCUGAUAUAGCAUUGGCAUUCAAAAAUGUUAAGUUCAAUAAGUAUGAUUUAAGAUUGAUCAAAGAAGCUUACAAUAAGUUUUUGAAAAACCGAGUCCGUAAAAGAAUAGAAAAGAGACGAAAUCUAAAGCUUUUCUUAAAGAAUACAAAACGGGAAUCGGGAGAUGACUCUGGUGCGCAGGGAAGUGAUUCUUCAAUAAGCAGUGAUGAUUGUAGGUCUACAAGGACGGCAAUCUAUAAAGAAAAUUUACCUAUAUCAAGACCAAGACCUAUAAGAACAGAUAUAUCAAGCAUUAGAACCACUAUUAAAGACAGCAAUAUGUAUGAAGACUGCACUGAUAAUAUAAAACAGAACACAUUAAGAAAUAUUUUAGCUGUAAACGACCAAGUACAUGUUAAACCCGCCAACACAUUUGAUUCUAGACCACAAAAUGGGAAACAGUUCACUCUCAAAGAUAGAUUUGCAAAAAGAAAUGCAUCUGUAUUGCCUUCACAGAGAUUCACCAAAACUAGACCAAAACCCGCAACCAAAACAAUUGAAAACAUACCUAAUCCUGUAAAUGAUAAUAAAAUAACAAGAAUUAAUGACAUUGAGUGUGAAAGUGGAAAUGAGGAAAUCUUCUCUGAAGUAACUGUUAGAGAAAAUGUACAAGAAUCAACAUCAUUGGAACGUAAAAGAAAUCUUGAAAUUGAAGAAUCAAAUAAUAUAAGCACAAAGAGGAAAAAGUUGACAACUUCUCCUUUAAAAUAUAACAAUGAAUCGUUAGUUAGCUCAACAUUAAUCAAUACACACAGUGAUUUUACCUUUAAGAAACCUGAAAUGCCUGUGAGAAGAUCGGCCAAAGCCAAAGAUAUAAUUUUUACUGAUAAAUUAAUAUCUAAGUCUGCUCAACCUAUGGUUGAUGAUUUUGACCUAGACUUUAGCCUUAACCAGAAUAAGCAAGUUAAAACUAACAAAGAUGGCAACAAUUCAACUCAACAAAUAUCUCAAAAUACAUCAGAAACAGUAAACAAUAACAAUAAAACAGAAAUAUCACAGAACACAACCGAUGUUUCUUUAAAACCCAGCUUUAUGAAGCGUAAAUUAUUUUCACAGAAACUAGAUAUACUAGAUAAAAAGGAUUUAAGCAUAGAGAGUCAAGAAUCAAACAGUCCAGUAUCAAAAUUAUAUGCUGGAGAGAAACACAAAGUUCGGAAACUUGUAACAUCACAGUCAUGUUUGAACAGAGAUAUAAUUGAUGAUAAUAAUGUUUGGGAUUUGAUCCAGAAAAUCGUGCCUCCAGACCAAAUGAAUAUGACCAAUGCUAAAAAUAAAAAAUAUAACAAAAAAACCGAAGACGACGACAAAUGGGAUGUAACAUCGGUUAUAUCAAUGUGUGACAACGGUGACAUCAGUGAAACAUUUACCGAUGAAGAAAUAUUUAAAAUGGAUGGUAAAUCUAAAAACGAUGCAAAGAAAAUCAGUGAUGCCAAAAAUAAAAAAGAUAAAGAGAGUACAAAAACAGCUAACAAAAAUAUUAAUAAAAAAUGUAACGACACACCAAAGCCGAAAGAAAUCAAAAAUUUUAAAGUCUCAUCAUGUCAGGUCGUUCUUGAUAAAUUGCAGCCAGCAUUAACAAAUACAAAGGAAAUUUACAACCAAAAUAUAACACUACCUAAUCAAAGUAAAAGGACUGUCUCCAGUUGUGUGAGAUCAUUUUGGGAUACUGAUUUUGAAAGUGACAUGGAAGAAAGGCCUCAGUUCAAUUGGAAUAACUUAACAAAUGGGAAAACUCAUCAAAAUAACCCUGUUGCUAAUAAUACACUAAAUUUAAACAAGAGAAAUGGUUUAAAGGGUGAAAUUCUUACUGUGAGAUGCUCUCAGAACAAGGGAAUCAAUAGCACGAGAUCCGAUAUUAGUAAGGUAUCUCAAAGGAGAAAUGUAAAUAAAGUUGAUGAAAAUAAAGAGCCAGUUGUUAACGAAAAGUCUAUCAAAAACUCUCAAACAAAUGUAAAUACUACAUUAACAGAAGUAAAACCUAGAAGAGGGAGGCCAAAAUCUACGAAAAACAAUUUGACACCAGCUCGAAAAGUUGAUACAAAGAAUAAAGAGACAAACAAACGAAAGAACGAACUGAAUCAUACAAAGAAAGUGCCAAAUAAAACAAGGAUAUUAACACCAAGGAAAGUUAAUGAAAAAAAAUAUCAAAGCAGCCCUAUAAGUAAUCAAUCAAGUUUUAAUUGUAGCAACAUAUCCUCUAGAAGCCUUAGAAGUUCCUCAAGAACUAGAAGAAUAUAA